AUGCGUGUGUUUAUGGUGUUUAGCCCGGAUGUGGCAUUGGAAGCUGCAAAGGCUGCAAUUACGGGUGGAAUAUCGGUUCUGGAGAUUGUGGUUUCUACCCCAGGUGUUUUUGAGGUUUUACAUCAACUGGUGCAGGAUUUUCCAACCACAACUCUAGGGAUACUUUCAUUAUAUAAUGUUGGUGCCAAAAUCGUGAAGGUAUACCCUAUUUCUUCACUUGGUGGUGUUGGAUACAUAACAAUUGAUUUAAUUGGUGAAUAUAUUUGUGAAGGAGCAUCAACGAUUGUUUUAUCUGAUGUUAUUUUUGAGAAAGAGGCGAUGGCUCAAAGAAACUUCACUGUAGUUUAUCAACUUGCAGCUUCACAAGGCAAUGAAGAUGUAGAAAGGUGUUACUAUUUACUAUAG